AUGUGGGAUGGGCCUCGGAGUUCGUUGACCCCCGGGUGCCCCGAUGUCCCCAACGUGAACUGCUUCAAAGAAGCGUCUGAAGAGUUCUGCUUUCUCAGAGCUGGCUCUGACUGGGUGGUUGCUCUCAUCCUUAAGAGUACAUAUAGCCGUACACAGCUUGGAGUUGGCUUGUACGUAGUUGAAGAAUGCCUUGGGGCAUUCUUCAAUCCUCCGCACCAGUCCAGUUUCGAAGGCCCUACAGCAAGCCGUCUGGGCACUGAUCGCCCUGUCUCUCUCUCUGAGGUACUGGAGAUACCCUCGGUGGCUACGGAUCCUGAGGUACUGGCUCCAAGCUUGACGCUUUCGGGCUUGUGCCUUUGCUACUCUACUGAACCACCAGGGGAGUUUGUCGUUUCUGCGGAUCCUCCUUAG